GUGUGUGUGUAUGUGUGUGUGUGUGUGUGUGUGUGUGUGUGCCUUUGAUAACUUAGCUGUUAAAUAACAGAGCUGUGAUUUAACUUCAAUUCAGAGAGAGCAAAAUAUAACCAGUCCACACGGCCUCUCUGUCCCGCUGUGCUCCUCAAAGUUUUCAAACAAUGGAGCUGAAUGAGGCUCUGCAGUCAAUGUUAGGGAGAAUAUGGUCACAAACAGCAGAAAAGCCUCACACACCUUACUGAAGCAAGUAUGGACAACAACUACCAGCCUUCAUAUGAAGAAGCUCCAACUCGCUCCUGUCUCUUCAGAGCUGUUGGGCUGUUUACUGGGGACAUGCAUCUCUGCAGAGAGUGGGUGAAAAGACAGCUUGUGGUAAUCCAACUGCUUGACUGGAUCCUCCGAGGGGUGGCCCAGGUCAUGUUCGUCAACAACCCUGUCAGUGGGCUCCUCAUCACGGCCGGCCUCUUCCUGCAGAACCCUUGGUGGGCUCUGAAUGGUCUGCUGGGAACCUUUGUCUCCACUGUGUUCGCCAUGUUACUGGGACUAAACAGGGAAGCCAUAUCAGCGGGUUUAUAUGGCUACAAUGGAACCUUGGUCGGCAUACUGAUGGCUGUUUUCUCUGCCAAAGGAAGCUGGUACUGGUGGCUGUUAAUGCCAAAUAUGUUCAUGUCAAUGCUGUGCCCGGUGGUCUCCAGUGCUUUGUCCUCAGUUGCCAUCAAAUGGGACCUCCCGAUAUUCACCCUGCCCUUUAAUAUUUUGGUGUGUCUACAUGUUGCAGCUACCGGAGCCAAUCACCCCUACUUUCCAGAGGUAGAUAUCCAGCCAAAUGACCAUCUGCACCCUACUAAUGACUCCAAGGAAAGCCUCAAUAUCUCUCAGCUAUUCCUGUCAGUGCCAGUUGGUGUUGGCCAGGUGUACGGCUGCGACAGUCCUUGGACAGGAGGUCUCAUCCUUCUGGCCCUGCUGCUUUCCUCACCAACUAUCUGUUUUCAUGCCAUGUGGGGCUCUGCUGCUGGCACGCUGUCUGGAUUUGCUCUUGCAGCUCCUCACAAGGACAUUUACUCAGGGCUGUGGGGAUAUAACAGUGCUCUAUCCUGCAUUGCAAUCGGAGGGGUCUUCUAUGUCUUAACAUGGCAAACCCACCUGCUGGCUCUGAUAUGUGCACUUUUCAGCACAUACAUGACUGCAGCCAUCUCAAAACUGAUGUCUGUGCUCGCAUUACCAGCCUGCACGUGGCCUUUCUGCCUGUCGACUCUCAUCUUCCUCCUCAUUUCCUCCGAGAUCCCAGCCAUCUGCAGACUGCCUCUGUCUGUGGUCUCCUACCCCGAGAAAAACCGGCGCUACCAGAGACAAUUAAAGGCCUCAGAGAAGGUUCAGCACAGUCAGCAGCAGCACAGCCAAGAAGAGGCCAUGCUGAAGGAGAAUGGACGGCCAAAUGUCCAGUUGGCAGUGGAUAGGGGCGGCAGUGAACCUGUGUGAUUAGAGGAGAUAAGUGUUAAAUCGUGGGAAUUGUCGGAAUAGUAUGUUGAUAUACAUUCUUGGUAUUUUAUCUCUUACAUAACAAUAUAUGUUAUAUAAAAUGGCUGGCAUUGUAGUGAGACAUAUUUUCUGAAUGGCAAACAUUUUCUUAUGCAGUAUAGCUAUUCUACACAGCAGAGGGCAGCACUUCACAAGGAAAGAUUGAACCACUGUUGUAAUCUAAUAAUACUGAGGAAAAAUACUGAGCAGAUUUUAAUGUAGGAAUGUAAUUAUGUGUAUUGUCUGCAAUAAUAUACAUUAUAUUAAAUGUAAUCUUGUGGUGUUCCUCA